UGUAAUUAACCUGAAGCAGGAUGAAUAAGUCUGAUUACGACUGGGGAGGAUUCCGAUCCUGGAUCCACAGUGUUGCUGUUGUAACCUUCGACUUGGAGCUAGGACAGGUCAUAGAGAACACAUUCCCGGAGUGUAAAACCUUGGAUGAGUUAGACCAGCUCUCGGAGCAGGAUAGAACCAACAUAUGCUACCUCGCCUUCCCGGAUUCAAACUCAGGGAUCAUGGGUGAUAUCCAGUUCCAUUUUAGAAUACGACGAACCGCCGGCCAUAACGUCGGUCCUCCUGCCGCUGCGGCGGCAUUGGCAAAUUUCAAUGCCCGCUGUCUGCCACCUCUUCAGCUCGAUCAAAACUUCUUGUUUGGAUUCGCGUAUUUCCGGCAGGUGAAGGACUCUAGUAUACGACGAGGAUAUUAUCAAAAGUCAGUAAUCCUUCUCACCUACCUUCCACUAGUAUCCUUCUUCUCCCAGAUAUCCGCCAUCGUUGCGAAAAAAUUCUUUGAGAAUGGCGAUCUUCCGUUAGAGAUAUUCUGCCACGAUGUUGAUCGGUGGCCUGCUCCUACCCCAGGUCACCAUCUGACCCUGCCAAUGUUGGGAAGCCUGAUAGAGCUUCAUAUCCCUGCCCUCUCCUCUCGGCAUACAGAUAAUUCUAACGAAACCGUUACUGUGAGUGGAGGUGGAGUAUCCGUCCCAAACCUACCUGAUCUCUACCCAACCCUGCUCCCUCUCCUGGAGCAUCUUCAUUGUCUCUGGGAGCUGGUUCUAACUGCUGAACCUGUUGUGGUUUUAGCUCCUUCUCCGUUCCAGUGCUCGAGUACUGUUCAGGCUCUCACUACUAUCAUUCAACCACUAAGAUAUGUAGCUGAUUAUCGACCCUUCUACACGAUACAUGACGCGGAUUUAAAAGAGAUGACCACCAGCAACUCUUCAGCGCUCCCGUCAAUUCUUCUAGGAGUCACCAAUCCAUUCUUUAAUAAGGCCCUGGAGCACUGGCCGAACCUGGUCCGUCUAGCAGAACCCUCCAGUCUCUCCGCUCUCAAGUCUCCAUCCAAAACCAAGAGAUCUUCCUCUACCAAGUUCAAGAGUGAGACCAAACCUGGAGUGUUCACGCAGUCUAAGCCACACCUGGAGAAGGAUCGUGAGAUAGUAAAGAGAAUAUUGAAAGGAGUUCAGCUCCGAAGACCAGCUGAGGUUCAAACUGCCCUGCUCCGGAGAUAUUUCCUUGAACUAACUCAGACAUUUUUGAUACCACUGGAAAGAUAUUUGGCGGGUUUAAUGCCGCUAGCUCGUUCCAUUUCUCCGUACCGAGCACCGCCGAAGGUGAAACCCUUCAACGCCGACGAAUUUAUUCGAUCCUUAGAACAAAGCGGACCCCAGCUUACGUCCAGAACUAAGGGGGACUGGGCCGCCCUCUACCGACGGUUCCUAAAAAGUCCAAAUUUCGUUGGUUGGUUUAAUGCUCGGCAUGCGGAGGUAUCCUCUAAGCUGAGUUUGUUGCACCUGGAGUGCUUGUCGGAGGCUAAGAUUGAGAUCUGGAUGGAGGGGAAGGCGGAGGUUGAGUUGGUAGAUAUGGUGCUUAGGAUUCGAGGUAAACUGACUGAAGGAGAUAGAACUGGUUUACCUAUCUCCGAUAUAGUCAAGGAGCGACUGGAGACGCAUGUACGGAAAAUCGUCUCAACAUUGCCCGAGGAUCUUCAAGCAGUUAUAGAGAGCAAAUCUUAGCAGAUGAUUCUUCUCAGGGUUAACUAAAGAUCAGGAAACCGGGACCUCUUCUUAUAGAAUAUUCAGAUUGAACAAAUCUUUAACAUGCUUUGCUGAUCCUCUUAAUUUUUACAAAGUGUUAAGGAGCAUCUUUUAAUGUUCCUGAAACAAAGCUACAGAUUGCUUCAAGAUUGGUUGCUCCUGUAUUAACAGAAAACUGCUCCUGUAUACUAAAUACUGCUCCUUUACUUGCAAAGAGCUGCUCCUUGAGGAUAAAAGUAACUAGAAUAAAAUCAUGGGAUUAAAAUUAACUGGUUAAGUUAAUUUCUUAUGAAUUAAUUAUUAUAUAAAUACAUACAUUGUACAGUGUACAGUAGAUACAAACUAUAGAUUGUGUAUUUUUUGUAGAAUUCAAAAUAUUAG